AUGGCUCCUCCUUCAGACGGCGUUACCAUAGACAUAAGUCAUAAGCCUGAUGGAAAUGGAGGUACCCAUACUACUACUUAUGACUAUAAGGAUACCGGAAGUAGAAAAGAAAUUAAAGUUACACUAACUAUUGAACCUCCUAACUCUGAUUUCCUCAAGUACACUCAUCAGGAUAAGCAUAAUACUGAUGGAACUAUACCAUUCAAGCUUGAAAAAGUACGAGAUGAUGAUCAGAGGGAUAUUAUUCCAGACCUCCCAAGGGAUAAUGUUGAAAAGGUUCAUGUCUAUUACUGGAAGCAUGAGAAUAGUAAUCCGCCUAAGAAGGUUCUCUUGGUAGGAGUUACUACUGACCGUAGAACUAAGUACUAUGCUAAGAGUAGUGAUGGUAAUAAAUGGGUUGAACAACAACUAGAUGGUAAUAAUCUUGAAAAGGUACUUGACGAACAAAACUGUAAACAUAAUGAUGCGGUCACCAUUAAUCUUAGCCACAGUGCAUCUACAGAGAAUGAUUGUUGUGACGAACAUAAAGGUGAGAAUAAGAUCUCUGUUGAGAAAGUUGAGAUAGAAGUAGAUGGUAAGAAAAAGACGGAGUAUACUAAAUACUCCAUCACUGGUGGACAACUAGCAGGUAUUAAGUUCUAUAAAGAUGGUGCUAGCAAUGAUGAAAAGAAUAGAAAGACUAUAACAGCUAAGGCUGGACUAAACUUUCCAAUAAAAGGUCCAGUAGACAUUUACACCUUUUAUUCUAACAAGGAACCUGAGCUUAUUUAUAUCGAGCAGACUGGAACCAACAAUCCUGUUUCUGGAUGGUUUAAAAAAGGUGGCGAGAAUAAACCAUGGACAGAAGUUUCCAAUAAGCUCCAGGGUAUUAAUAAAGAUAAGAUAGAUAACAAACAGAUCACCUGUCAGCAACGGGCUGCUCUCGCAAAGGAGCUUAAGCUCGGUAGCAAUAACUUGCAGGAAUGUACUCCUGCUGGAGCUGGUCGUCCUAGAGAUGCUGAAGCUCCUGGACUUAAGGGACCUGCUGGUGAAGAUGAUCAAUCUGGAGGACCUGACUCUACUAAAUCUGGUGCUAGUGGCUCUCCUGUACUUUCUCCCACUGUUGCUUCUGAUGCUCAUACUCCUGAUGGUAGAGCUGAUGGAGACUCUCAUGCUUCUGAAUUUUCUCCUAAAGCUCAAGCCAAAUCUGCUCAACAGGCCUCAGCCUCAGCCCUUUCUCCUGGUCCUGAUUCUCCUGGUGGAGAUCUUCAACCUGGUGCUGAAGCUGGAACUGCUCUUGCUCAUGGAGGCGACUCUUCUGCUGGACCUCCUACUCCUAAACCUGCACCUUUUACUGGUCCUGGUCUUGCUACUCUUGGAUAUGCCUUAUCGGGUACCCUUGCUGGAAGUGGUGCAGUUGGUCUGGCAGGUUAUCAUCUAUAUAAGAAUUCUAGAGACCCUUGGGUUAGACAGAUUUAG